AUGACUCCCAAUGUCGGACAGGUGAGCCUUCUUUCCGGAGAUGGAGCCAACAAGGACUUCACGUUCGACGGCGCUUACUUCAUGGAUUCGACCGGAGAACAGAUCUACAACGACAUUGUGUUCCCGCUUGUUGAGGUUGUUGACGUCGUGCAGGUGAUAGAGGCAAAGUCUCGGAUUGCAGAACGUGAUUGAGGGGUACAAUGGAACGGUGUUCGCGUACGGACAGACGGGAUCCGGGAAGACGUUCUCGAUGCAAGGAGUGGAGAGCAUUGCGGCGCAGAGAGGCGUCAUUCCCAGGGCGUUCGAUCACAUUUUCACGGCGACGGCCACUACGGAAAAUGUGAAGUUUCUCGUGCAUUGCAGUUAUCUAGAGGUUAUCCCACGUUCCACGUGCUUUUCAUUCGGGUGCACUUCAGAUUUACAACGAGGAAGUGCGAGACUUGUUAGGAACGGAUAGCAAACAGAAGCUAGAGAUAAAAGAGCACGCGGACCGGGGAGUCUACGUGGCAGGGCUCUCGAUGCACGUGUGUCAUGAUGUUCCCGCCUGCAAGGAACUGAUGACCCGGGGUUUUAACAACCGACACGUGGGAGCCACUUUAAUGAAUAAGGUCGGUUGCUGCAAAAAAAGAGGAGAAGAUGAAUGUUCUUCAGGAUUCGUCUCGGAGUCACUCAAUCUUCACGGUCUACGUGGAAGGAAUGACCGAGUCCGGCUCUAUUCGGAUGGGAAAACUGAACUUGGUCGACUUGGCAGGAAGUGAAAGACAGAGCAAGACGGGAGCGACCGGGGACCGACUGAAGGAAGCGACCAAGAUCAAUUUGUCUCUUUCGGCGCUCGGAAAUGUGAUUUCAGCGUUGGUGGACGGAAAGUCAAAGCAUAUUCCGUACAGAGACAGCAAACUGACAAGGCUACUGCAGGAUUCGCUCGGAGGAAACACGAAGACCAUCAUGAUUGCAUGCGUCUCCCCGUCCAGUGAUAACUACGACGAGACGCUCUCCACUCUCAGAUAUGCCAACCGUGCCAAGAACAUCAAGAACAAGCCGAAGAUCAACGAGGAUCCCAAGGACGCACUUCUCAGAGAAUAUCAGGAAGAGAUUGAACGACUGAAAUCAAUGGUUCAGCCGGGAGUUCCAGCGGCUCAGGCAGCAUUCUCAGUGGACGACGAAAGAAAAAAAUUGAGAGCAGAGUUCGAAGAAGCGAUGAACGAUUUGAGGAAUGAGUACGAGAGGGAACAAUCGAGUAAGGCAGAGCUUCAAAAGGAUUUAGAGGCUCUGAAAGUCGAGUACGAGAGGGCGAAUGCGAAUUUGGACAAUCUGAAUCCGGAGGAGGCGGCCAAGAAGAUUCAGCAACUGCAGGAUCAGUUCAUCGGAGGAGAAGAGGCAGGGAACACUCAGUUGAAGCAGAAACGGAUGAAGCAGUUGAUGGAGGCGGAGACGAAGACGCAGAAGUUGGCAGGUGAGUAAUAAGGAAACAGUAAGAGGAAAAGGAAAUAGAACUCAAAUGGUUUCAGCUGCAUUGAACGUUCACAAGGAUGAUCCACUCCUUCAAGUCUACAGUACAACGCAAGAGAAGUUGGACGCGGUGACGUCACAACUGGAGAAAGAAAUAAAAAAAGUAAAUGGGUUCGAUGGCAUCAUAGCUUCAACGUGUAAAAUUACAGUCGAAGGGAUACGAGAGGGAGAUAGAAGACCUUCAUGGGGAGUUUGAACUGGACCGUCUUGAUUACCUGGACACCAUUCGAAAGCAAGAUCAACAGCUGAAACUUUUGAUGCAAGUGAUGGACAAGAUACAGCCGAUCAUAAAGAAAGACACGAACUACAGCAACAUGGACAGAAUAAAGAAGGAGGCGGUUUGGAAUGAAGACGAAAGUCGGUGGAUUCUUCCGGAUCUGACGAUGAACAGAACAAUACUCCCGAUAGCCACGAAUGGUAAGAAAAGAAGGAAGAAAACGGGAAAUCCAACUACUCCUUUUUCAGGAUUCAUGCACGAGCCGGUCAAGCAGGAGAGCUCACUUCUGCGAGCAACAUACGAUGACAAGUUGAGGGAGAGACUGGCCAAAAGCGAAUCGGAGAAUCUGGCGAACAGCUAUUUCAAGCCGGUCAAACAGAUCAACGUUCUCAACAAGUACAAAAACGAUCAAAAACGUAAUGAUUCCAAUUGGAACGCAUUUUUCAAACGUCUUUUUCCAGCCACCAAAUCGUUCUUCCCAUCGAAAACGCCGACGUUCGACGGUCUCAUGAACGGCAUCGUCUACACUGAUGCUCUUUUCGAAAGAGCACAAUCUGCGAAGAGACCGGCUCGACUGGCUGCUCUCCAUCCGAAAUAA